GAUGCAUAUAACCAUCUUUAUUAAGACAUGUAUUAUUCAUCACUUACAAAUAAAGGGUAAACUCAUGACCAUGGACUUAUAGACAUAAAAAAGAUCUAUGAGACCUUGAUUUAGCAGACUCCAAAAUCAUUUUGGUUAGAGCAAUCAUACCAGUCUCUUUUGCACCAUACUUGUGUAACGAGGUCAUUUCAAAGCAGCCGAAUUGUAUGCAUCAUAUGGGAUGCUGACGAUGGACAGGUGGACUUGCACCAUGAAUUGUGCGCCUCAGCAUGCAUAGCGUGUGCACUAUCUCUGUUCUCAAAUAGAUGGCGAACUAGAAAUAUUGAUGAUUCUGUAAAUUAUUCGGUUUACUCAGAUUAAAAGUAUAUGAAUAGAUGCCAGAGCCAUAAAAGCCUAUUGCCAUAGUAAUAUUUUGCGACGGAGAGAUAGUAGUAUAAUGUUUGUAUCUGUGUGAAUGUAUGCAGUCUCACGCCGAGCUGACCGUCGGGGAGUGCGCGACACUGUGCCGGUGCCUCAACCACAAGAAGCUGACACUGGAGGCAUGCAAGGACCUGACUAGGAACCGGCGGAUUCCAACGGAUAUCUCAGUACAAGCAUUGUCCUUACACCUGCAGCCCAAUGUGCUCCGGCUCCCCUCGUUGUUGCCGAUAUCGAGAUGGGUUGGGGCAGACGGCGAGAAGAAGGAGGCGCUGAGGCUGAGCCUGCGGCGAAUGCAGGGCCGGCUGGCAGAGCUGCCGUUGACAUGCAAGGAGACGAGAGGGAAGACGAGGGCGUCGUCUGGGAUGGCGGCCAAGGGCAGCAAGUCCGUGGGCGGCAGGGGCUUGCCUUGGAUGUGCUAGCUGCGGCUAGCUAAUGGAGAUAUGGAGUAAUGCUCUCUUUUCUUUGCGCGGUGAGGCAAUCACGCACCAUGCCUCUUUGCUCCGUCACAUGAUCCUUUUGUAAAGUUGUUUUGUUGCAUGGUGUUUUUGGCUUCUGUUGUGUUUAUUGCUGAUUGUAAGUGAGGCGUACCCUUCUUUUUCUGCCCAUAAGAGUGAGAUAUCAUCGGUAUCUCUGUGAUCAA